CCGGCGAGGGAGCAUGUAAACAUGGAGUGCCUAGUUUGUAAUCUGUUGAUGUAAGGAGAGAAAACAUGGAGUCGACAAGCUAAAACCUUAUUGAGAUCCAUGUCAAUUAAACAGACAUUUAGGUGCAAAGCGGAAACAUGACGACAACAGUACACAGGCGGUAUCUCUUCUUUCAUUUCAUUUUCUUCGUAUUUUUCAAGUGUGCCGUUUCCAUGGAUAUAAGACCAACCAAUCUACCUGUAACAGAUUUACAGCCGAAAUAUUGCCGAGAUCGAGGCUCAAUUCGAAGUACGUUUCAUUAUCGUAUAUCCACGUGUUCGGAGUGUUACCUGUACCUGUUUAUACGGAACCCAGUGUUUCGGAAAAUAAGUGUUACAUGGAGGAAUGAAAAUAUAACAUUUCUUAGAAAUAAAAAAGGAGACAUUCGUUCUUUACCCGACAUUACGAACACGACUAGUAUGAACGAGGUGUGUCACACGAUCAAAGGCGAGCAGUAUGACUGUGAGGACUGGAAGAAGUGUUGUUCAAGUGCAUGGAAAUGUUGUGAAAAGCAGUUGGAAAAUCCAACAAACCCCGGACAUGCGCAGUGUCCGCAGACCUGGGACGGGUGGGCCUGCUGGGAUUUUACAGACAAAGGGACAACAACGAAUCAAGUGUGUCCAUCGUUUUUAAAAUAUAUCAUCCUGGAAAUGAAUCCCAAAGUAACGAAGCAGUGUACAAUUAACGGCACGUGGUGGAUAGACCCUACGUCACACAAGGAACGCUCAGAUUAUACCACGUGUGUUCCCACCGAGUACCUCAGCCUUCUUAAGGUCUACAAAAAUUCAAUAAUUGUCGGGAUAUCGCUGAAUGCUUUUGGAAUUCUGCUUCUCAUACCUGCAAUCAUCGUCUUCAUCUUUUACAGACAGUUACGUAGACAGUUGAGGAUUCGAAUACACAUUCAUCUUUUCAUUUCGCUUCUGGUAUAUGGGGUAAUCUGGAUGUUUUGGGAUGUAUUGGUCAAGUAUAACAGGCUUGUCAACGACGGAACUCACUCUCUCGUUCACACUGACCAGAACAGUUGUAAGUUCCUGAACAUACUCCGUCGAUUUGCCCGGAUCACCCCGUUUUUCUGGAUGUUGUGUGAGGGAUUCUUCCUCCAUACCUUACUGAUGAAGGCCUUUGAGCCCCCUAAACACAUUAUCGGAUACUACUUUGUAGGUUGGGGGUGCCCGGCCUUUUUCGCCAUACUGUAUGGAAUAUUGAGGAAGACAUUAGCAGACGACCAGUCAUGUUGGAUCCAGCCGCCAGAGGGAGCCACUGGUGGUAUUGAGUGGAUCAUUACAGCCCCUAUGUUGAUCUGUAUAGUGAUAAAUCUUUUCCUAAUGUUGAACAUAAUUCGAAUUGUUAUCCGACAAGUAUCGUCCCAUCCACAAGAGCCGCGGAGUUACAGACAGGCGAUCAAGGCGACAUUUAUACUGGUACCACUGUUCGGUGUCCACGUGUUUUUUAUUAUCUACCUGGUACCACCCGACCAGAAGGCGUUUGACUUUUUCCAGAUGGCAUCUACAAUUGUAUACAACUCACAGGGAAUAAUUAUAUCGCUAAUAUACUGCUAUUUCAACGGAGAGGUUUCAUCACUUAUUAAAGCCAGUUAUAGAAUACGGCGAGACUCUGCUUUCAUCGGUGACUCUAGAAGAAGUUUAACAUACCAAUCAAACCUGCGACGAUUAUCUAAUGUGUCCACAGAUGUCCAAAAUGGCGGCCAGCCAAGCAGGACGGCGUUACGACGAAGCAGUUCUGGAAGCUUAUGUCCGAAUGGAGACCAAAAUGAUUCUAACCAUAUACGUUUAUCUGUGAUACGUGAAAAUGGGCAUGCAAGUGAAAAUGGACAUAUUCAUAGCGAGAGAAUUAUAAGUGAAAAUGAAAAUAAAAGAAAAAAUGGAAAUAAACGCGAAAAUGGAAAAAUAUGUGAAAAUGGAACUAUAGGAGAAAACGCAAACGGAUGUGUGAAUCAUACAAUUUGUGAUGAUAAUGAUAUGUGAAUCAUACAAAAAGUGAUGAUGAUGAUGAUAUGUGAAUCAUACAAAAAUGAGGAUAAUGAUAUGUGAAUCAUACAAUUAGUGAUGGUAAUGAUAUGUGAAUCAAAAAGUAAGUGCUGGAAUUUAUACACGAAUAAAAUGAAUUAGGGCUGACAUUGGAGAAAGCAAAAUAAUGUAAGAAAUGGAUCCCCAAUUCGACAGAUAUGGCACAGUUUCUAUUAUAGAAAUAUGCUGAGGCUAUCUAAUAUUUCUGUUGAAGUUUAACUUUAAUCAUUUUACACUAUUAAGCCUGAACACCCAAUCCAAAGAUUCAAGAUAUUACCCCCAUUGUUAUUAUGUGUUGACAUGCCUCCGUAGCUUACAUUUGAUUUACGUUUGGAGCUAUGUGGCUUUCUUAACGGUCCUCUUGGAAAAUGCAACGCAACUCUUGUAACCAAUCAGAAUCAACGUUACAGUGACGUCAUGUUUAUGUUACGGAAUACUAGUAACAUUAUAUUUAAGCCAAUAGAAAUGUUUGUUUCAAGCAAGAUUAAAAAAUAUAAACAUGAGACGAUAAGGCGAUCAUAUUUUUUAAUAUAGUAAUAACAUAAUCAUGUUCCUAUAGCGUAUGUAUGCCAUUUCCGUUACGGCAUUAUACAUGUGACAUUCCAAUGAUUUACAC